UUAAAAUUUAUCUAUUUUCAGAAAUAAUGACGAGAAUCGACCCAAAACAGUUACUGAGUACGCUCAGUGUCCUACUUGCACCAGAUGGAGGCAUACGCUCAGUUGAAGAGGUUCCUCGCAUUGUACAGCUGAUGCAGAAAUUUUCCAAGAAAUUGGUUUCUAAAUGCAUUUAUAUUCAUAUACUCAGAUCUAGUUCUCCUGAUUUACUGGAGCAGUUUUUGUCGCUGAAAGGGUGGGAUCUUCUUAACUCAUGGUUUUGUGAAGCUCUAAAGAAUACCAACUAUUACCUUUGCGGGGAUUUAGUAAAACUCUUCGCUCUCUGCCCAAUGACUGCUAAACGGUUGUCAGAAAAUUCAGAUAAAAAUCAGGCCCCCAAGCUGAUUCGUCAGUUAAGCUGUGACAACAGAAUUGAGGCGGAAAUAAGAAACUUGUCCCUUCAGGUUAUACAGCAGUGGAUGAGCGUUGCCAGAAGUGCUCCUAAACAGGCACCUCCUCGACCCCAAUCACCCCUUGAGCUCCAUCCUAUCCCUGAUGUUGACGAUGAUUACUCUGAGGACUAUGUUCCACCAACCAAAAAGAUGAAACCUAAACCUAAACCAAAACCAAAACUCGAAAAGAAGCCGAAAAAUCCGCCAAAAUCCGCUAUGACGAAAAAGCCCGCCAAAAGUCGAAUUAUAAUGGAUUCAGAGAGUGAAAGUGAGAAUGAGAAACCAUGUGGUAAAGUUGCUCGGAUGGGUUCCGUGUCAAGUGGCGGAGAGGAAGAUAAAAUAUCCAAACCAAAACCCCUCACUGCUAAAGAAAUUCGGCUUCAGCUACUAAAUGAUGAUAGUGAUGUGGACGAAUUAUUAAUGACAGACUCUGAGGACGACUUGACCAAGAAAACGGAGGUCAUCAAGAAGGUUGAGAAGAAAAAGGAGGUUGUUGACCUCAAGCUUAAGGAGAAACAUCAGAGAGAAAUGGAGCGUGAGUUUAAACGACGGAAGGAACGAGAGAGGGAACGGAGAGAACAAAAAGCAAAACCGUAUUCUCGGACUGAAUUACGAAAAGAACUUGAAAACGGAGAGAAGGAUAAGAUUAAGAAGAUUGCGGAAAGAUUAAAGGAAGAAAAUAAGGGAAAAUCACUAACAGCUGGACUAGGCAGGAUUCCAAAACUUCCAAAAAAGGAACCAGUUGCUGCUAAGAAUGGGAACAGCUUUGAUUCCAUUCUUGGUUCCAUGGACGUCAAAACAAAAAGUGUGAAAGUCCCUCCGAUGAAGAAUAAGAACAAAGACCUUCUGAACAGCCUUGCUGGAAGCCCAGACAAACCCAAGUCUAAAAGUGCAAUUGAGAAGGAGAUCAUUGCAAAAGAGAAGAGGCGGGAGGAGGACAGAGAAGCAAGAAGACGAGAAGAAGAAGAGGAGAAACGACUGGAGGAAGAACGACGAAAGGAGAAAGAAUGCGAGGAUAGAUUAAAAGAAGAAGAGGAAAAGCGUUUACAAGAGGAGAAAGCCAAGGAAGAAAAGGCGAAAGAGGAGAAAGCAAAGGAAGAAAAGGCGAAAGAGGAGAGGGAACUAAAGCGGAAAGAGGAAAAAGAAGAGAAGAAGAGAGAAGAGCGACGGAAAGAAGAGAAGCACAAGGAUAAACUCCCGAAAGCAGAAAAAAUGCAAUUUGAACGUCGUGAUUCAAACUCAUCGGAUUCCGGACGCCAGGAGAAAAAAUCGGAGAAGAUUCGAUUCGGCGAAAAACCUCGUUCGGGAGAAAAAAGACCCUCUGUUGAUGAUAGCCCAAAGGUUAAGAAGGUUGUCACGGUGAUUAAGGAGAGUAAUAUGUUCGGAGAUGUACUCAGCUCGAUCAUGAAUGAUGACAAGGAGAAGAUUAAAAAACGAAAGAUUGCUGAAAGAAGAGCAGAGAGGAAAGCUAAGGAACAGGAGGAAUCUAGGAAGAGGGAUGAAAAAAGGAAAGAAGAAAAAGAGAGGAAGAAAGAUGAGAAAGAGAAGAUUGAUGAAAAGGAAGUUAAAAACGAAAAGGUUGAAAAAUCUCCAAGCUCAUCUCCGGAACCAGUAACCCAAGACGAAAAUAAUUCAGACGAAGUUCCUUUCGGGGGACUUGAUAAUAGGGAAGUCAAAGGUAUAUUGAUAUAUGCGCGAGGGUUUAAGAAUAAGAAGAGAUUAUCCUGGACACCAGAUAACAAUCUCGUCAAGAUUGAAUAUUUCGACUGUGAUGAGACUGAGAGAACCAAUGUGUACAAGCAGAAGAUGACCUUUGUCGAGAUGAAGCAGAAAGAGAAGGAGAUGGAGAAGAUGAAGUUGAAUGAGAAGCCCGAGGCUGCCUGGACACUGAUACCCUUGGACUUUAAGCAUCCUGUAGAAUAUGGAAACGAUAGCAAGGAGAGAGAAGUGCAAUCUGAGCGUGAGAUGAGGGUCCUAUGUAGCUUCUACCUGGAGAAUCAACUCCCCCAGGAUCCUACCGAACCUGAACCCUGCAAACCAAGUGAUGUCAAACCUAAACCCAUCCCACAGAUUGAUCUCAAUAGCGGGAUUACCGAGGGGGCUGACGAUUCAACUACAGACUUUGCGCCGGCCGGUUGGCCGCCGAUAUUGAAAGGCGGAAGCCAAGAACCUCUCAGUGAUUUUGACCGGUUACGCGGUGAGGAUCCGGUUGUAGAAGAACCGGUGAAACCGGCUGCCACAAAACUAUCAGACAUUUUGUCGACAUUUAAGCCGGGCCUUUUAGAAGACAUUGUGAGAAUGACCUCGAUGAGUAAAAGUGAACCUAAUGAAAAAUCUACGAAACCUGAAAUACAGUUACCUGCCAACUUUAACGUCCCACCGCCGAACUUCACCGCCCCGCCGGCGGCUCCCCACCAAUUCCCUGAGAGUGACCGCGGUCAUCAUAAUAAUCAUAAUUAUCGUCAUCGUCGUGGUCCUAUGAGGUCCGGUCAUGGAGAUCGUCCUUUCCCGUACGCCGGACGACCUUGCACGUUUUGGAUGGAGAAGGGGAAUUGUAUAAAAGGAGACAGAUGUUCAUUUUCUCAUCCGCCACGAAACGGUUUCAAAUAUUAAUUCUUAAAUAUUUAAACUGAAAAAAUGUUUCUUAAAUUAAUACUUUAAAAUGUUUUUUUAUAAAUUUCACAUGCUAUGAAUUGCUACUAAGUCGUUGUACAAAUGAUUAUUGUUACAUAAACCGGCAAUCGUCACACAAUAAAUAUACAUUUAUAUAGAA